AUGCAUCUCAUGAAGAUCUGCGUUCCAAGGCAGCUCCAAAGUUGGACAAAAAGUCACAUCAGAUCAAACUUAUUUGAGUUGGUUUGCAGAGGGAGUCCAGUUACUGUUCAAUGCAGCAGAGAAGUAUCUUCCAACGAUGCGGUCAACUCAUUACCAAGUCAGGCAAGGGUGGUGAUCUGUGGGGGAGGUGUUAUUGGAAGUUCUAUUGCAUACCAUCUAGCUGAGCGUGGAUGGAAGGAUAUUGUCUUGUUGGAGCAAGGAAAGUUAACAUGUGGCACAACGUGGCAUGCUGCGGGGCUGGUAGGACGUCUGAAGAGCUCCUCAGUAGAAACCAACAUAGUCAAGUAUAGUGCAGCUCUUUACAAGAAGCUUGAAGAUGAGGGUUAUCCAACAGGUUGGAAAGAAUGUGGUUCACUCACUGUUGCAAGGACCAAAGACAGGAUGCUGUCAUAUAGGAAAGCUAUAGCCAAAGCUAAAGUUAUGGACAUUGAGAUACAUGAAUUGAGUCCAAAUGAAGUGAGUGAAAAGUCAUCACUUGUUCGCACAGAUGAUAUAGUGGGAGGUAUGUGGAUUCCUGGAGAUGCUGCUACUAGUGCUCCAGAUGUCGCUAUUGCCAUGGCAACUGCAGCUAAAGAUAAAGGUGCUAAAAUAAUUGAAGGUUGUGCAGUAGAGAAGGUUCUCACCAAAAAUAACAACAUCAGUGGAGUGGAGACUAACCUAGGUACUAUACAAUGUGAAUACUUUGUAAACUGCGCUGGCCAAUGGGCAAGAAGUCUGGGGAAGAAAAGUAACCCGAGGGUGAGGGUUCCUUUACACUCUACAGAACACUACUACCUUGUCACUAAACCUUUUGGUGUUGACAGGAUGACGCCAGUGAUCAGAGACCAUGAUGGGUACACAUACUUCCGUGAGUGGAGUGGAGGCAUCAUGGCCGGAGGAUUUGAACCCGUAGCUAAACCAGUCUUCCAUAAUGGCAUCCCAGACAAAUUUGAGUUUGGUCAGCUACCUGAGGACUGGGACCAUUUCCAGGUGCUACUUGAGCAGAUCCUACACAGAAUUCCAUCUAUUCAAACAGCAGAGAUUCGUCAGUUGUUCAAUGGACCAGAGAGUUUUACACCUGAUUGUAAAUACAUCCUGGGUGAGGCACCAGAGAUCAACAACUAUUUUGUGGCGGCAGGUAUGACAUCUAUUGGCAUUGCUAGUGCUGGAGGUGUUGGCCGUCACAUGGCAGAGUGGAUUAUAGAUGGCAGUCCAAGCGUUGAUCUCUGGUCAGUUGAUAUCAGACGUUUUGUUGAUCUCCAUAACAACAAGAAAUACCUGCGUGAUAGGGUCAGAGAAACUUUAGGUGCUUCUUUCUAUCGUAUACCCAACUUGCCAUUCUAUGACUUCAAAACAGCACGCAAUGUGCGAGUCACCCCAGUGUUCCCACGAACCCAAGCUGCAGGGGCGGUCUUCCAGGAAGUUGUAGGAUUUGAGCGAGCUUUAUAUUUUCCUCGGUUCCAUACUCAUUGGAUUACAGAUGAUCCCGACCAAGAUGCAAUAAGCCACAUAAACCCACCUGGUACAUUUGGCAAGCCAGCCUACUUUGAUAUAGUCAGAUCUGAGUACUGGGCAUGCAGAGAAGGUGUCUGUCUAAUUGAUAUGUCUUCCUUUACAAAACUUGAAUUAAAAUCUGCUGGUCGAGAGGUGGUAGAUUUCUUGCAGUAUGUGUGUUCCAAUGACAUUGAUAAACCAGUUGGCUCAGUCAUCCACACUGGAAUGCAGAAUACACAGGGAGGAUAUGAGAAUGAUGUCAGUUUGUUGAGAACUCAUGAAAACAGUUAUUUCCUCAUCUGUUCUACAUCACAACAGACCCGCAGUCAGCAUUGGUUACGCAAACAUCUACCAGCAGAUGGCUCUGUACAGAUUGGUGACGUGACAUCUAUGUACACAGCAAUCAAUGUGAUUGGUCCCAAGGCAGAAGAACUGUUGUCAAACCUGACUGAUACGAACAUGUCCAAACAGGACUUUAGCUCCAUGAACUGCAAAAUCAUCAGUGUAGGCCAUGCUAGUGGUAUACGAGCAAUGAGACUUACACAUUCAGGGGAAGAUGGCUGGAUUCUCUACAUUCCAUCUGAGUAUGCUCUACAUGUGUACGACACACUGAUGGCUGCUGGGAAGGAUUACGGAAUAAGGAAUGCUGGGUACUUUGCGCUGAGGUGUCUGCGUAUUGAGAAGUUCUUUGCAUACUGGGGACAGGAACUAUCACCUUAUACUACUCCCCUGGAGUGUAGCAGAGAAUUCAGGGUCAGACUUGAUAAACCAGACUUCAUUGGAAAGGCAGCCCUAGAGCAGCAGCACAAAGAUGGGAUAACUAAGAAACUAGUUCAAUUCCUCGUUGAAGGGCACAAUCUUGACAAUGACCCAUGGCCCUUCCAGGGAGAGCCAAUAUACAGGAACGGCCACUAUUGUGGAACAGUGACAUCUAGUGGAUAUGGUUACACACUAGAGAAACUCAUCUGCCUGGGAUUUGUGCAUAGUUACAACCAGGAGACAAAAAAAGAGGAGCUUAUUACGAAUGAUUUUAUAAUGAGAGAUGCUAAGUUUGAGAUUGAUAUUGCUGGGAAGAGAUAUCCCCUUAAGGCCAAUAUAUACCCUCCUACUUUACCAGCAGCUACGACUGGGAAUGUGUAUGUACCGCGGACAUCUAGUAGGAUGAAAUAA